UUUUAUCCAAAGGGGAAGUGAUAGUGAGAAAAUCAAAACAAGAUGAUUUUUUCUCGUGUUUUCCAAAGAUUUCCUGGGAAUUUUGCCACUGCCAGGCGGCAAAUGACCCUCCUGUCCACAAGAUUGGUUUACAAGGAAUUCGGAGAGCCAGCUGAUGUGGUUAAUCGCGUUGAGGAGAAGCUGGAAUCGCCCAAAAGCAACGAGGUUACCGUGCGGAUUCUCGCAGCGCCCAUAAAUCCAGCUGAUAUCAACACAAUCCAAGGAAAGUACCCUGUGAAGCCUCCACUUCCGGCGGUGGGAGGAAAUGAAUGCCUGGGUGAGAUUGUAGAGCUUGGAGCUGGUGUUGAGAACUUCUCCAUUGGGGAUCGUGUGAUACCCUUCAAGACGGGCAUUGGCACGUGGUGUACGUAUGCCAACUACCCAAAGGAUGCUCUUCUGCGUGUCCCCAAGACACUGGGCGUAGCAGAAGCUUCAACGUUAACUGUCAACCCUCCAACGGCCUACCGGAUGCUGCGGGAUUUUGUGGCGCUCAAACCUGGGGACACAGUACUCCAGAAUGGGGCCAACAGUGCCGUGGGGCAGGUUGUGAUUCAACUAUGUCGCAAAUGGGGCUUCAAGAGUGUCGGCAUUGUGCGGAAUCGAGCAGAAAUUGAGGAUUUGCGUUCCUUCCUUACGAAUCUUGGGGCUGAUUGGAUUAUCACGGAAGAGGAAGUUCGCACGACGGAUCUCUUCAAGAGUGGUCAAGUGAAGAAGCCCAAAUUGGCAUUCAACUGCGUUGGCGGGAAGAGUUCGCUGGAGAUGCUGCGACAUGUUGCAGAUGGAGGAGUUGUCGUGACAUACGGUGGGAUGUCUCGGGAACCCGUAACAGUACCCACGGGGCAUCUAAUCUUCAAGGAUAUCGCAUUUAGGGGUUUCUGGAUGACACGAUGGACGAGGGAGAAUCUCAAUUCACCGGAAAGGAGUGAAAUGUUUCGGGAUUUGAUUGAAUUCAUUGAAAAGGGUGAUCUACAGGGACCUCGGGCUAAGAUUGUUCCCGCCAAGGACUUUCAGGGGGCCCUGAGGAAUGCCAUGGCCUUCCAGGGAUUCAUUGGGCAGAAAUUUAUCCUGGAUUUCACACAGAUUUAAUUGAUUUUUUUGCUUUUUUUAGGGAAAAAAUGUAUAUAAAUCUUCAAUUCUAGGAAAGUUUCAAUGAAUUUUUAUUAGUUUUUCCGGCUUUUUUUGGACGAGAAAAUGAAGGAAAAUCACAAAAAAAAACAUGAGAAAAACUCCCAGGAUUAACGAAUAUUUUCAAAAAUUCAAAUUAACUGUCAAGGAAAUUGUCAAAAAAUAAACUGUCAAAGUGAAUGGCGUAUGCGGUUCGUGGUGCGGAGUUUAUUUUAAAAUUUGAUAUUUUUGCAUAAUAAAUGUGAAUGUUUUGUUGAAAA